GGGCGCAGUUUUCAUAGCCUGCCCCCGGCUCUGCCCCCUCAGUGUGCAGUCUGCAGGGAGGCUCAGGCCAGCCCAGCACUCAGGACUAAACAAGGUGCAGCGCCACCUCCACCAUGCCAGAAGUCGAGAGAAAAUCGAAGAUCACAGCUUCUCGAAAGCUCAUGCUGAAGAGCCUGAUGCUAGCCAAGGCCAAGGAGUGUUGGGAACAGGAGCAUGAGGAACGUGAGGCCGAGAAGAGGCGCUACCUGGCUGAGCGCAUCCCCACACUGCAGACCCGUGGACUGUCACUCAGUGCCCUCCAGGACCUGUGUCGGGAGCUGCAUGCCAAGGUGGAGGUGGUGGACGAGGAGCGGUAUGACAUCGAGGCCAAGUGCCUCCACAACACCAGGGAGAUUAAGGACCUGAAACUAAAGGUGUUAGAUCUCCGUGGGAAGUUCAAGCGCCCACCACUGCGCCGGGUCCGCGUCUCAGCUGAUGCCAUGCUGCGGGCCCUGCUGGGCUCCAAGCAUAAGGUGUCCAUGGACCUGCGGGCCAACCUCAAGUCUGUGAAGAAGGAGGACACAGAGAAGGAGCGGCCCGUGGAGGUGGGAGACUGGAGGAAGAAUGUGGAGGCCAUGUCUGGCAUGGAAGGCCGGAAGAAGAUGUUCGAUGCUGCCAAGUCUCCAACCUCACAGUAGAGGGUGCUCCUGCCGAGGUGCUAUCCAGAGAAAGUACAACCUCUCGUUCUCUGAAGAAGUGUCUGGAAAAACUGAACACAGCGGUAGAACUAGGCCACCUGAGACCCCCUGUGGGAGGGCUGGGAGCCUUGCAGUGGGGAGGGUCUGCAGAAAGCAUGCAGCAGAGCAGGUUUUUUGGGACAGGGAGCUCUCUAAGCAAGUGACAGGCAAGUGUUUGUUGGAGGGGUUGAGGGUGUCACAAAAACAGAGAUGGGAACAAACAGGCCAUGGAGGAUGAUGGCAAGACGAGGCAAGAACUGAGGAGAGGUCUAAAGGGGAGAAGGAACUUGGGUUCCAGGCUGGGGAGCUAAGCAGGAGCCCCUGUGGAUGGUGAUUCUUCCCCUGGGGUGCUAAGGAUGAGAAGCCCCAGGAAGCGCAGGUGUUGUGAGGAAAUGAGGCCCUGCUAAAUGG